CUCAGCGGUCCCCGCGGGCGCUCCCCACCGUGAGCCCUGGCGAGUGCGCGCCUGUGCGGGCUGAGCCCCGGGGACCCUGCCCAGCCCUGCCCAGCCCGCGAGGCCCGGGCGGCACCCUCUCCCAACCGCAGACGUUCUUGUAAGAAAUACACGAGCUCCGAGCCCCGGGGUUGAGGUUACGGAGGCCUCGGCCGGGCCUGUCCUUCAGAGCGCGGAGGGAAGCCGGCCGAGGCGUUCCCGCGCUGGGGCCCGGCGCGAAGAGGGCGUAGAGGGCGUGGACAUGGCCAGCAUCACCCAGCUGUUCGACGACCUGUGCGAGGCCCUCCUGCCGGCCGCCAGGACCCACCUGGGCCAGCGCAGCGUGAACCGGAGGAGGGCCAAGCGGAGCCUCAAGAGGGCGGCCUACAACGCGCUCUUCACAAACCUCUUUCAAGAUGAGGCUCACCUGCGGCAGACCUCCCUGCCACGAGUCCCAGUGAGGAACAAGAUCCUCAUGCUGUCCUUCGACUUGAGAGUGGGCGGCCUGGGCCCCCAGGCCGACCGUCUGGAGGAGCUUGUGGAGGAGCUCGAGGCAGCCCCGUGCUGUCCGCUGGCGGAGGUGGGGUCAGUUUUGGAUCUCCUGGUUCACCUGGCGGGGAGUGGUCUGCCUUUAGUCAUGCCGCGAAAACGGGACUACUUCCUUAACAACAAGCACGUGGGGAGGAACGUUCCGCACAGCGGCUAUGACUGCUGUGACCUGAGCGUGUUUGAGAUGGACGUUCGGUCUCUGAUCUCCAGAGAAGAGUGUUUGUGUCACAACAUGAUCCAGGAAGCGCUUCAGGUGAUGGAGGCUGCCCCAGGCACAGGCCUGCCCACCGUCGGGUUCUUCUCAUUUGGUGACUCCUGUGGUGACAGGUUUGAGAGGGACACCCGGGUCUCGCUCUUUGGUGCCCUUGUGCACAGCCGCACUUAUGACAUGGAUGUCCGACUGGACCUGCCCCCAGUGCCAGACAGCGCAGACCUCUCUGGACUGGUCAUUAAGGUCCCACAGAGUGUGGAUCAGUGGGAAGAUGAAGGAUUUCAGUCAGCAUCCAAUUUGACUCCCGAUUCCCAGUCUGAACCAAGCAUGACCCCGGACCUGGACCUGUGGGAAGCCGCACUCACCUAUGAGCCCAGCAAGCGGAGGUGCUGGGAGCGAGUUGGAUGUCCCCCUGGCCACAGAGAGGAACCCUACCUCACCGAGGCAGGAAGGGACGCCUUCGACAGGUUCUGCAGGCUCUGCCAAGGGGAGCUGCAGGUGCUCAGCGGGGGCCUCUUGCAGGCCCCACAGCCCGUGCUGGUGAAGGAGUGUGAGCUGGUGAAGGACGCGCUGAAUGUGCUGAUUGGGGUCGUGUCUGCUACAUUCUCUCUCUGCCAGCCAGCUCAGGCUUUUGUGGUGAAGCGGGGUGUCCACGUGUCAGGCGCGUCUCCUGAGAGCAUCAGCAGCCUCCUUUCUGAGGUGGCCGAAUAUGGGACCUGCUACAUGCGCCUGAGUCACUUCUCUCUGCAGCCUGUCCUGGAGUCCUCCUACAGCAAGGGCCUCGUGUUCCAGGCCUUCACCAGCGGCCUGAGGAGGUACCUGCAGUAUUACCGUGCCUGCGUUCUCUCCACUCCACCCACGCUGAGCCUCCUCUCCAUUGGCUUUCUUUUCAAGAAGCUUGGGCGGCAGCUCAGGUACCUGGCAGAGCUCUGUGGUGUUGGUGCUGUGCUCCCGGGGACUGGCGGAGGAGGGCCCAGGGCUUCAUUCCCCACUGGAGUGAAGCUGCUGUCCUACCUCUACCAGGAGGCGCUGGGUAACUGCAGCAAUGAGCACUACCCUGUGCUGCUGUCCUUGCUGAAGACCAGCUGCGAGCCCUACACACGGUUCAUCCACGACUGGGUGUACAGCGGGGUCUUCAGAGACGUUUAUGGUGAGUUCAUGAUCCAGGUGAAUCAGGAGUACCUUGGCUUCAGAGAUAAGUUUUACUGGACCCAUGGCUACGUGCUCAUUUCCAAAGAGGUAGAAGACUGUGUCCCUGUGUUCCUGAAGCACAUUGCCCACGACGUGUAUGUCUGUGGGAAGACCAUCAACCUGCUGAAGCUCUGCUGCCCCCGGCACUACCUCUGCUGGUCCGACAUCCCCGUCCCUCGGAUCUCGGUGAUCUUUUCCCUUGAGGAGUUGAAGGAGAUUGAGAAGGACUGCGCUGUGUAUGUCGGGCGCAUGGAGCGGGUGGCCCGCCACAGUUCCAUCAGCAAGGAGGAGAAGAAAUUACGGAUGGAAAUUGCAAAACAAGAAUUAAUUGUCCAUGCCCGGGAAGCGGCGUCCAGGGUGCUGAGUGCAUUGAGUGACCGGCAGAUAUCGGAACAGAUGGCCUUAGAUGCUCGGAAGCGGGAGCAGUUCCAGAGGCUGAAAGAGCAGUUUGUGAAGGACCAGGAGCGGCGCCUGGCGGCCAGACAGGAGGAUCUGGAUGACGACUUCAGCUACGCCCGCGAACUCCGCGACAGGGAGAAGAGGCUGAAGGCGCUAGAGGAGGAGCUGGAGAGGAAGGCGAGGCAGGCGCUGGUUGACCAUUACAGCAAGUUGUCUGCAGAGGCAGCUCGUCGGGAGCAAAAGGCGCUGUGGAGAAUCCAGAGGCACCGACUGGAAAGUGCACGGCUUUGUUUUCUCUUAGAAGAUCAGAAACGCAUUGAGGGGAUGCUCAAAGACAUGUCCAAGGUUCACAAGCCCCAGGAGCCGCUGGACAUCCUCCCGAGUGUGCACUCCCAGGUCAUAUCUCUGGGCCCCAAGCACCAUGAAGGAGGCCAAGGCUGUGAUUCUGGACCCGCAGAGCAGCACUUGGCUGCCUGGGAUUACCUAAGCAGGCCCAGCAUGCCAAUGCCACAGCCCCUGGAGUCCCUACCAGUAGGGGCUGGCAGCUCAGAGCCCCAGCAGGUGCAGGGGGCUAGGUUGUUCUCUGCUGGCCUCAGUAUCGGAGACUUCCUGCCUAGAAGCCCGGGGACUGAGCAGCCUGUGCAGACCAGUGUGGCCCCUCUCCUGGAGGAGGCGCUGCAGUCCAUCAGCUCAGACCUACCCGCCUCGGCCCCUGGGGAGACAUCCGCUGCAGCCAGCACACAGGACUCUAGUCUGCAGGAGUACGAUUUUAGUACCAUCCUGAGGCCAGCAGUGCCUGCCUUACUUUCACCAGGGCCUCUCCAGGCUUUAGAGGGCAGCGAGGGGCAGCGGCUGUGGGGUGACACUCAUGUGAAGCUGGAUGCAUGUAUCGCUGACACACAGGUAGCUCUGCCUCACCCACACCCACUCAGGCAUGUCACUCAGGAGGAGGGAAGCAGCCAGCCUGUGGAACAGCUCCUUGAGCAUGUGUCAGAGGGUAGUGUUCCCACAGGGGGCUAUGCUUCUGGCACGGCUCCCUCUUGGCCACGGUGGAACGUCCACGGACACGUUUCAGAUGCCAGCAUCAGGGUUGGGGAGAAUGUGUCAGACGUGGCUCCCUCUCGGCCACGGUGGAACGUCCAUGGACAUGUGUCAGACGCCAGCAUCAGGGUUGGGGAGAACGUGUCAGACGUGGCUGCCUCCCGGCCACGGUGGAACGUCCAUGGACACGUGUCCGACGCCAGCAUCAGGGUUGGGGAGAAUGUGUCAGAUGUAGCUGCCUCCCGGCCACGGUGGAACAUCCACGGACAUGCGUCAGAUGCCAGCAUCAGGGUUGGGGAGAAUGUGUCAGAUGUAGCUGCCUCCCGGCCACGGUGGAACAUCCACGGACAUGCGUCAGAUGCCAGCAUCAGGGUUGGGGAGGACAUGUCAGACGUGGCUGCCUCCCGGCCACGGUGUAACGUCCAUGGACACGUGUCAGAUGCCAGCAUCAGGGUUGGGGAGGAUGUGUCAGACGUGGCUCCCUUGCUGCCACGGUGGGAUGCCCAUGGACACACCUCUCAGUCCCACAUGAUGCUGGGGGCGCUCUCAUUGGAAGAUGAGCCCAGUACACUCAGGCCCCACUGGAAUCCCCCUCGCCUCAUGUCCCAGUCAGGCCUUAGCCUGGGAGCUCAGAGCCCUGCCAUGGAACGUGAGCCACAGCCACCUGCAGAAAUGGUUCCCUCCACCUGCUCCCCAGGCUCAGACAGUGAGAACAACCUCCAGACCUGGCCCUCUGCUGUGACUGGGCUGGACACUCUGGGAGACAGCAUCCCCAAGGAACCAGGCCCGGGGAGGAGUGCGGACACUGAGGACCUCUCUCCGUGUUGGCCUCCGAACUCACAGGAAAGUGCAGGUGCCCAGUGCAGCACAGGCCCUGGCCAGGAGGCGGAAGCACGGUGCUGGAGUGGGGAGCAGGCCUACCUGGCAAGCCUGGCAAGGCAGUACCGCCUGGAGCAGUACCCGGACUGCUACGAGUCCAUGUCGGAGCCUCCCGUUGCCCACCUUCUGCACCAGGUGCUUCCCCGGGCUUUCGCCUUCCCCAUGGACCCUGAGGUCCAGCCAGCCGUGGACGAGACUGCAGUGCAGUUGAGUGAGCUGCUGACGCUGCCCGUGCUCAUGAAACGCUCCAUCACGGCCCCACUGGCUGCCCACAUCUCCUUGGUGAACAAGGCCGCAGUCGACUUCUUCUUUGUGGAGCUGCACCUUGAGGCACACUUGGAGGCACUGCGGCACUUCCUGUUGAUGGAGGAUGGCGAAUUUGCCCAGUCCCUCAGCGACCUGCUCUUUGAGAAGCUUGGAGCCGGGCAGACGCCGGGGGAGCUGCUCAACCCGCUGGUCCUCAACUCCGUCCUGAGCAAGGCCCUGCAGUACAGCCUCCAUGGGGACGCCCCACAUGCUACCAACCUCUCCUUCGCCCUCAAGUACCUGCCUGAAGUGUUUGCCCCCAACGCCCCGGAUGUGCUGAGCUGCCUGGAGCUCAGGUACAAGGUUGACUGGCCCCUCAACAUUGUCAUCACCGAGAGCUGCCUAAGCAAGUACAGCGGCAUCUUCUCCUUCCUGCUGCAGCUGAAGCUCAUGAUGUGGACACUCAAGGAUGUCUGUUUCCACCUUAAGCGCACAGCCCUGGUGAGCCACACAGCCAGCUCCGUGCAGUUCCGCCAGCUGCAGCUGUUCAAGCACGAGAUGCAGCAUUUCGUGAAGGUCAUCCAGGGCUAUAUCGCAAACCAGAUCUUGCACGUCACCUGGUGUGAGUUCAGGGCCAGGCUGGCUGCAGUGGGUGACCUCGAGGAGGUCCAGCGUGCCCAUGCUGAGUACCUGCACAAGGCCGUCUUCAGGGGUCUGCUGACAGAGAAGGCGGCACCCGUCAUGAACAUCAUUCACAGCAUCUUCAGCCUCGUGCUCAAGUUCCGCAGUCAGCUCAUCUCCCAGGCCUGGGGCCCGACUGGCGGCCCCCAGGGUGCUGAGCACCCCAAUUUCGCCCUCAUGCAGCAGUCCUACAACACCUUCAAGUACUACUCCCACUUCCUCUUCAAAGUGGUGACCAAGCUGGUGAACCGCGGCUACCAGCCCCACCUGGAGGACUUCCUGUUACGCAUCAACUUCAACAACUACUACCAGGACGCCUGAGGGCCACUCUGUGGGACGAGUGCGUAAUAAAGGUGUCCUCCAGUCCCUCAGGGCAGGAGGGCAGAAUGACCACACCGA